AACCACUUUAGACGGAAUAAGUUUGCUAUAAAAUACUUAGUUCUAGAGUAAUAUCUUUAAUUGUUUUUCAUCGACAUUAUUACAAGCUGGUACAUACAAAUUAUUUUAUAAUAAAUUUUUACAAUGUUGUUAAUCAAAUGUUUUUUCCUCGUUUUACAAUGUACGAUUUUAUUUCACAUAUGGGGAAUGACUGAAGCUGCCGAAGAUGUUCCUAUUGAAAUCAUAUAUAUGCCAAAUCCAACUUUAUUGGAAACUAUAUAUGAUACUAUUUACAGUACAUUCAUACUUAAACCUAUGGAUGUCAUUUUUAUUGCUUAUAAAGCUGAAAAUCCUACUGCAUCAUUGGAUGCAAAAACUGUAAAAUAUGACCACAUGAAAAAGGUUGCAUUUUACACUCAUGGAUUUCAAACACCACUAUUAGAUGAUUCAGUAUCCAUGAAAGAUGCUAUAUUCGAAGGAACUAAUGAUUAUGAUUGCGUUAUUUUAGUUGACUGGAGAAAUGGAACUUUUGCGAAUGAUUCAUAUUUGUCUUUGGUAAAUAAUUACAAAACGGCGGCAAUCGAAAAUGUUCCAACUGUCGGUGAAUAUUUAGCAGAAUUCAUCGACAACCAUAUUACUAAUAAAUUUACUUACGUGCAUUUGUUGGGACAUAGUCUUGGUGCACAAAUAUCUGGAAUUGCAGCUAGAACUGUGACUAAAAAUAAUCCUAGCAGAGUAUUAAACAGAAUAUCAGCAAUGGACCCAGCUGGUCCAAUAUUUGAAUAUGGCUUUAACUUCUAUAUUGGAAAGAUAUUUCCAAUUAUCACAAAACAUACCUUACGUAAAACUGACGCCAAAUUUGUUGAUGUUAUUCAUGCCAGUUCUAUGCUAGGCAUGAUCAAAGAAGCUGGUCAUAUUGAUAUUUAUAUAGAUGAAGUCGACUGUAAUUUUUAUGGAAUAAUUUGUGCACACAGCAAAGCCUUUUAUGUGUUCAAAGCAUCCAUCAACAAGUGUUCUCAAAUGGUGUGCCCUUAUGGUAAACUGACAAAUAAAAAUGAAUGCACUUACGAAUCACGAAAAGAACUCUCUAGUUUAGGAAUUUUAUCUCCUAUGUAUGAGGGUCAAGGCAAAUACAUUGCUCGUUUUUUUAAAUCUAGUGGCUGGUUUAAUUUGAUCAAACAUUCGACUGGCUUGUGUACUGAUUAUUUAAAUGUGAAUUUGAAAGCAAAAGAAAGAAUUUGUUAUUCAAAUAACAAAUGCAUUAAAAAACCAUACCAAACCAUGUGUGAAGAGGAGAAUAAAAUCUGUAAAAAUAUUACAGAUAUACAAGGAUUAGAAGGGCCUGAAGUCAAAGUUGCUUGGGUGUGAUUUAAUGUAUUAAAUUUCACUUCAUCGAUGAAUACUAACUCGUUUUAAUAAAUAUAAAAAUAUUUUUUUGUA